AUGGCGCCCACAAUGGCCACAACAAAUGGGCAUGUCUCAGAAAUUCUCUGGGUAGCUAAUGCCUCCGAUACACCACUAUCCCCGCAGCCGGAUAUCUUCAAUGCCAGCUCCGUCGCCGAAAUCAAAGCCACGCUGUCUCACCUCCACACCCAGGAAGCAUCCGUAACCGCCCGUCUUGAUGCUCUCGUAACAUCCCAAAAAGACCUGUCCAGGGAACUGGGCAGGCUGGAUCUAAUGCGCGCCAACAUCGGAUCCCACGCCAGUACAACCCGCUCCAUCAGCCACAGCAUGCUCUCCGAAGCCGCUGGCACCGCCGAUCGGAUCUCCAGCGCCGUCCGCCGGUUGGACCUGGAGAAAGCGCGAGUCAAAGCUACAUUAGAGGUUGUUGAGCAGGUGGCUGAACUCAAGGCAUGUGCAUUGGGUGUGGCCGGGUCCAUGGGCGCACCCCAGGAUUGGGAGAAAGCCGCCAGCUACCUGCACCGGGCAGCGCAGAUUCCUAGCGUGGUUGUGAACGGCGCUUUUGCUGCUGAAAUGGUUCCUACCGCCGACGUGCCAGAUCCACCAAGUGUGACUUUGGAUAAUGCGGCGGAGUCGCUAUGCGGACUGUUUCUGCGGGAGUUCGAUAAGGCAGUUAAAGAAAACGACGGCGCAAAGAUCACGCGCUUCUUCAAGCUUUUCCCCCUGAUAGGCCGAUCCGAGGUCGGACUCGAUGUCUAUGGGCGUUACGUGUGCCAGGGCGUGGCAGCGAAGGCUCGUGCCAAUCUCAAUGCGGCUACUGGCGGUGCGACAAAAGACGGGUUCUUCUACGCCAGCGCACUCACUAAGUUGUUUGAGCAUAUUGCACAAAUUAUUGACGGUCACGGCGGGCUCGUUGAACACCACUACGGUCCACGGAAAAUGGGACGUGUCAUUGAACGCCUACAGAUUGAGGCGGAUGUACAGGGUGGUAUUAUCCUUGAUACAUGGGGUGAUGAGCGGCAUGUCGAUCGCAAGAUGAUGGAUAUUAAGUCCUAUGCCUUCACGUUCUUGGUUCAGAGCUUCCUGCCUGCUCAACGACCAGGCCCGCCUCGCUCACAGUCCCCUGCCACUGGCGCCGGUGCAACCGAUGAGGAAGGAGUGGAUAUGAAGGAGAUCGACGGCAUUUUGAAUGAAAUGGCAAUCAUGCUAGGCCGGUGGUCGCUGUACUGUCGGUUCUUGGCUGAUACAUGUAAUGUCAGUACGCCUACUCCUCUGUCCUUUCUCGAAACUAACAAGUCGCAGCCACCGGGUGAUGAAAACGCCGAGAAGAGCUUCGAGCUUCCCAGUUUCCUUCGGGAGUCGUCGUUGGCCCAAAAGAUUAACGACCGUCUGGUCUCGCCUUUCAACGCAAUGACAACCUUCUUCUUCCGCCGUUCGGUCGAAAAGGCCUUCCAACUGGAUGAAUCACCCUCGGGCCUCACGCUGAAUAUCCAACGGCCCCUGAAAGCCGACCCCCCGCAUAUCACCUCCGCCGUCGACGACAUAAUGUACAUUGUCAACAAAGUCAUCCAGCAAUCCAUCGCAACCUCCCAAGAAGCGGUAGUCACAAACGUUGUCCCCACUCUCUCCCGCGUCCUAGGCUCGGACUUCAUAGGCAUGACCCAGCGCAAAAUGCGCGACGAGUGCUACCCCCGCGCAUCCGUCCAAGGCGGCCAACCACCCGAGCAAAUGACCAUCGCUUUCCUCGUCCAAAUCAACAACCUAGACCUAGGAGUCGACUACAUCCGCCGCAUCGUCCAAAACAACACAGGCUCCAAGACACUCCCGGAAACCCCCUCCCCAACCCAAACAACCGACCACCUCCAAAACAUCUUCCCAUCCCCAACCUCCGCCGCAAAAGUCUACUCCACCCUUCUCGCCCUCUCAACAACCUUCGAAUCUAAAAUAACAGACCUCCUCAACGACGGCAUCCAAGUAAUUUUCAACAACGUAAUAAAGCCCCGCCUCCGCCCAAUCCUAGCGGACGCUUUCCGCGAUAUCGACUACACCCCCGACCCAACCUCCCAAUCCUUCGACCCAGAAACCAGCGCCAGCGAACUCGUCAAGUCGCGCUUCACAGCCUCCUGGACCGACGUCCUCGCGCCGCACGCGCGCAUCCUCACCGCGCCAGCCUUCGAUCGCGUGCUCGGCGUCACGCUUGCGUAUCUAUCCCGGCUGCUGGAGAAGAGGCUGUACUCGUAUCAUUCACGGAUCAACGCGCUUGGUGCUGCCCGGCUCGAACGUGACAUCGCCGGCCUUGUUGGGGCUGCUGUUGAGGUGGGAUAUGUUGCUGGUGCGCCAGGGAGGUAUAAGCAUCGUGAGGUGUUUGAGCGGGUUGUGCAGAUGACGCUCGUUUUGAGUAUGGAUGAGGAGGAGUGGGAGGAGGUGAGGAGGGGGUGGGGAUGCUGCUGA